AUGGAUUCCGGAGAGCACCGCGAGAACCCGCCCCCCUGCGCCAGAGGCUGCGGCUUCGUCGGCAGCCCCGCGACGCGGGGCCUGUGCUCUUGGUGCUACCGAGACAUCUGCCUCAUGGAGCAGCUCGAGAAGAUGCGGCCGCCUUUGGCCGCUGCGGAGUCCGACGCCGGGAGUCGGAAGGUCGCGGCCGCGCAGUCCUCCUCCUACCGGGACGAGGAGCCCCCGAAGGUGGCGGACCGGUGCGGGCGGUGCAAGAAGAAGGUGAGGCUGUGCGCGAGGUUCGAGUGCCGGUGCGGGAGCACGUUCUGCGCGGCGCACCGCCUCCCGGAGACGCACGAGUGCGCGUUCGACUACAAGGCGCACGGCCGCGCGGCGAUCGCCAAGGCCAACCCCGUCGUCGUGAAAGACAAGCUGCGGAGGAUCUGAAGAAGACGCAAGAAUAUUAAUGGCGUCAAUUAGAUUGAUCGAAGCAAUGGAUGAUGAUGAUUUGGUACAUGGCAGUUCAAUUUGUAUUGCUUGGCAUUGGGAAGGA